GUACUACUGUAACUGCUCUAAAGUUGUUUAAGAAUCUACCUGUGAGAAAGCAAUUUUACUCAACCUCGAAAAAGUGUAAAGAUGAACUGAAAAAUGUCCAGGAUCUCCUCAUAAGCUACAGUGUCCUUAAACCUGACAUAAGGAUUGUUUUUGCACAUAAUAAGGCGGUUAUUUGGCAGAAAAGUAGAGUACCUGACCACAGGAUGGCUCUCAUGUCAGUUCUGGGAACUGCUGUAAUGGGCAACAUGGAAUCUGUUGAGCACCACUGUGAAGAAUCUCAGAUUUACCUAAGUGGAUUCUUUCCAAAGCUUGAUGCAGACCACAAUUCCACAAGUCUUUCAACCCCAGAAAGAAGUUUCAUCUUUAUUAAUAGUCGACCAGUACACCAGAAAGAUAUACUAAAGCUAAUCCGACGUUAUUAUAAUCUGAAGUGCCUAAAGGAAUCUACUCGGUUGUAUCCCAUUUUCUUUCUGAAAAUUGAUGUUCCUUCAGCUGAGCUGGAUGUAAAUCUAACACCAGAUAAGAGUCAAGUGUUAUUACAGAAUAAGGAAUCUGUUUUAAUUGCUCUUGAAAAUCUGAUGGUGACCUGUUAUGGACCACUACCCAGUACAGAGUCUUGUGAAAAUAACAAAACAGAUGUUUCCUCAGCCAACAUGGCUGCUCGUGAAACAGCAGAAACAGAUGUGCUCUUUAAUAAAAUGGAGUCAUCUGGAAAUAAUUAUCCAAGUGCUGACACUUUGGCUAUUGACUUCCAAAAUGAUGAAUCUAGAAAAAACAUUGAUCAUUAUUUAAAUCAACAGAUAAAUGCAAAUGACCACUGCGAUAGUCAUUUUAGUAGUGAACAUUCUAGCAUUAGUAAGGACACCAGAAGUACGUUCCAAAAUAUCCCCAUGAAUAGUUUAUCAUCAGAGGAUGUCCAGAGUAAAUACAGUAAGACUUACUUGGCAGGCUCCCGUGAGCCUAGCCAAGAAGAAAAUGGCAGGAAUGGGACAGAAGAGCGAGGGGGAGAUCGGGGAGAAGCAUUUCUUGAGAAACCUGUGGAAAUCUGUGCAGAUGACUGGAGCAAGGGAAAUGUGUUGAAUGCGAUGGGAGAGAAUAUCGAACCUGUGAAAAUUUUAGUGCCACAAAAAAGUUUAGCAUGUAACGUUAGUGGUAAUAGUCACCCAACCCUUGAACCAAAGAAUCUCAGUGAUGGUCCUUGUAGCAAGCCCUCAAAUGUAAUAGAUAACAGAUCUGGACAGCUUACAGCCUAUGACUUAAUUAGCAGUCGAGCAGUCAAGAAGCCCAUGUCAGCACGUGCCCUGUUUCUUCAAGAUCAUCGAGCUCAGUUCCUCGCAGAGCAUCCCAAGACUGGUCUGGAGGAUGCAACGGCACAAAUUGAAGCACUGUGGGAGACAUUGAGUGAGGAGGAGAAACUAAAAUAUGAAGAAAAAGCUAAAAAAGACUUGGAACGAUACAAUAAUCAAAUGAAGAAAGCUAUUGAACAGGAACCACAAGUAUCAUUAAAAGAUGGCAGAAAAAAGAUAAAGGCCACCAGUGCGUGGGGGUUGACACAAAAACACAAGUUGAAAGCCUCAUUAUCUAAUCAGCCAAAGCUUGAGGAGCUCUUUCAGUCCCAGAAUGAAAAAAGGAAGAGUGAAAAUAUUAAAAUAGCUGAGGUCCCCUUUUCUAUGGAAAACUUAAAAGUGAAUUUUAAGAAACAGAAGAAAGUUGACUUGGAAGAGAAGGAUGAGAUUUGCUUGAUCCACAGUCUCAAGUUUCCUGAUGCAUGGCUGGUCACAUCCAGAACAGAUGUCAUGUUACUGAACCCAUACAGAGUGGAGGAAGCCCUGCUAUUUAAAAGACUCCUUGAGAAUCAUAAACUCCCUGCAGAGCCACUGGAAAAGCCAAUUGUAUUAACAGAGAGUCUUUUUAAUGGGUCUCAUUAUUUAGAGGUGUUACAUAAAAUGUCAGCAGUCGACCAGAGAUGCAGUGGAUCAGCUUACCUGAGUGACCCUCGUCUUACAGCAAAUGGCUUCAAGAUCAAACUGACACCAGGAGUUUCCAGUACUGAAAACUACUUGGAAAUAGAAGGCAUGGCUAAGUGUCUCCCAUUCUAUGGAGUAAUGGAUUUAAAGGAAAUUCUUAAUGCCAUAAUAGACAGAAAUGCAAAGGAGCUCUACGAAUGCAGGCCACGCAAAGUGGCGAGUUAUCUGGAGGGAGAAGCAGUCCGGCUGUCACGACAAUUACCCAUGUACUUACCAAGAGAGGACAUCCAAGAUCUUAUCUGUAAAAUGAAGCACCAGUUUGGAAAUGAUAUUAAAGGGUGUGUCCAUGGCCGCCCUUUUUUUCACCAUUUAACCCAUCUUCCAGAAACUUCAUGAUUAAACUUAUAAUAAUUAGUUACUGUUGAAAUUAACGUGGGUUUUAAACCAUUUUUGUAUCAAAAUGAUUAUAAGUGAGGAUUUACUGGUUUAUUUGUAUACUGGAAAUUUUUUAUGUAAAAUAUAUAAAUAAAUAAUAUGCAGUGUU